AUGAGCCACAAAGCGUCCCAGAUCAAGUGCUCAGCCACCAUCUGCGAACUCCCGGUGGGUGUCAUGAUGUCUCCCGAAGAAGCAGACCGACUGGGUCUCAAACCUUUCGGAGAUGGCGGGGCUGAGAACGAGACGUCGCCGCGGCGGCCGAAAUUCUACACGCACGGCCCCUGCCGCUCUCCUGCGGCCUCUCAGUUUGUUGUGUCCUGCGCGGGCUUCGACGAUGCAGACGAGGCCGAGCAGCGAAGAAUCGCUGCCGAGGCGACGGAGAAGAUGAGGAGCAACGGCUUCGUGGUGCUCGAGAGCCUCUUCCCACGGGAGUGGGUCACCAAGCUCGAGGCAGAGGCCGCUUCGUUUCUAGACCUGCCCCAGCCGGGCUUGGUCCCACAGCCACUGCGAGCCGGCCGAACUGAGGGUCAUCUCUCCUUCACGGCUCCAUGGGCCAGCGACUGGCUGCUGAGGAACGAGCUCGUCCUGGAGGUGGUCGCCGGCUACAUGAAUAACAAUCUAGCAGCAGGCCGCACUCAGGAUGAGCAGCAGUGGGGCCUGGUUCAGUGGCUCACCUCCGGGGCCUCCCUCGACUGGUUCUCGAUGCCUGAGUGGGGCCCGAAGGCCGGGCACUUGCUGGAGAAGCCCCCGCCAGGGUGCAGCGACGUAGGUACCCAUGGGGACAUCGGCCCCUUCUUUGGCCGAAUAUCGCUCAUCCGAACACCACCAGGCUCUGAGCCCCAGAAGCACCACCGGGACAUUAACUUUCCGGGCCCUGCCGCGCAGGUGACGGCGCAGGUCGCCCUCACGCAGCUCCAGGCAAACAACGGGCCGCUGGCCUACGUCCCCGGCUCCCACCGCAUGCUCACUCCCGGCUUUGAAGUGGUUGCCGCGCCUCCGCUUGGGUCGGUCGUGCUGUACGAUUCUUUCUGUGAGCAUCGUGGCAUCGAACAUCACGGCAACAAAGACCGGUAUGCCGUGUACUACGAGUUCGAGACCCGGGGGGUCUUCAGCGGCUACACCGCGGCGCACUUCGGCCCGGAGUCGGAGGCUCACAUGCGCGCCUUCCGAGACUUCGUGGACCCAGCACUCCGUGACUGGGUGCAGCGAGAGAUCCGGGGCAGCACCAAGUCUUCCCUGGCGCUGCUCUUCCGGGGCUCCGAGGAGAACAACCGACUCCUCAUCGAGCACAGCUUCGCUGUGUGGGCCGACAAGGCGCGCUCGCGGCGGAGUCGCCUGUCCAAGAUCAAUGCAGUCGUGGCCAUCCUCAGUGGGGACGAGCGCAUCCUCCUCCGCACGGCCUUUGCCGUUGGGGACUCGCCUUUUGCAGUGUGCGGGCGCUGGCCGCCAGCUUUAGGGUUCGGGUGUCAGUGCUUCGCCCUUUACUAA